CGCUUUCGAUUUGCGUUGUCGUGCGUUCAAAGGAUAUAGGUCGUGCUAAAAACUAGAGAAACGUGUUCAGAUAACGGUGGUAGGAACAAUGUGGAGUGCUGUAAUCGCGUGUGGAGUAGGUGCAAUAGCGUUGCUUGCUGUCUACUAUCGUUGGUCUCGACGGAAAGUGAUAGCUGCUAUGGCCAAAAUGAAUGGACCGCCGAAGAUGCCUUUGAUCGGACAUCUAUAUCUGGUCAAAUUCACCAGUCAAGCAAAAAUCUUCAAAUUCAUGGUCCAUGUCGGCAACACCUACCAGUCACCUGUGGGUAUAAGACUGGGGCACAUAAAUGUUGUCGCAGUUCAUCAUCCAGAACAUCUGCAAACGAUCAUGACAUCCCAACACUGCAUAAGUCGCCCACUGUGGUACGGAUUUUUUCGCGUUAGCCGUGGAAUAUUCUCAUCGCCAGCUCAUCUGUGGCGAGGUCAACGGAAGGUGUUGAGUCAUUCCUUUGGCCCUGGCAUUCUGAGCAGUUUUGUACCGAUAUUCAAUGAAAAGAGCGCCACUCUAACCAGACUCAUGGGUGUUCAUGUGGGAAAAGGUGAACAUGAUUUCCAUCGGGACAUGGCCAAGGCCGCUUUAGAUACAAUUUAUUCCACUGCUUUCGGGUUAAACUUUGACAUGCAAGUAGCGCCUGAAGGCGAUAAGUAUCUGAGCUAUCAAGAACAGUUUCUGCACCUGGUCGUGAAACGCAUGUUUUCGGUGUGGUGCUACAUCGAAAGAAUCUAUCGAUUGACAAAAGAUUUUAAGAGAGAACAAAAGGUAUUGGCAUAUGCCAAAACAUUAACGGAUCGAGUUCUGAUAGCCCGGAAGGCAGAGGACAUCCUGUCAAGGAAGAUCGAAGUGCCUACAACUGCAGACGAUAUAGAUGGCAAAAAACCGAAGAUGUUUCUCGACAAGGUUCUUGAACUGGCCAGGGACAAUAAGCUACAGCUGGCCAAAGAAGACAUCACACAACACAUGAACACAAUCGUAUUCGCUGGAAAUGAUACAACCGCAAAUACAAUGAGUAACCUAUUAUUGAUGCUGGCAAUGCAUCCGGAUGUCCAGGAGCGUGUUUACCAGGAAGUAAUGGAAGCAUGUCCAGGCACAGAUCAGUAUGUAUCAUUGGAUGACAUCACCAAACUGACUUACACGGAGAUGGUGUGCAAGGAAACUAUGAGAUUGUUUCCCGUGGGUCCAGUUAUUGGACGAGUGGCGGAGAAAGACAUCAAGCUAAGCGAUGAAUAUGAGAUUCCAGAAGGGAGUUUUCUCAUGUGCGGAAUUUACGUGGCGCAUCGGGACCCCAAAAUAUGGGGUCCAAAGGCAAGCGAAUUCAACCCGGACCACUUCUUGCCGGAGAACUUCAGCAAGAUACAUCCUUACGCUUAUCUACCGUUUAGUGGCGGGAUAAGGAACUGCAUUGCCAUGAAGUACGCGUGGGUUUCAAUGAAAAUUAUGAUAGUUCAUAUACUGCGGAAGUACCGUUUGACGACGACACUCACAAUGGAUAGAAUAACGCUAGAAUUUUUUGCAACUCUUAAAAUAGCGAACGGUUGCUGCAUCAGUAUAGAGAACAGAAAAUUCAGUAGCAAGAAAUGGUUCGGUGUGAGCGCCUCUGGCUCCUCAGACUCGAGUGGCAUGUACGUCAGAGGCCUUGAGUUCACCAUAUGCUCUGCCUCCACGACCAACGUCUGCAGCCCCUCGUCAUCAAGUUUCCCUUCGUUGUACGCUUCGCCGAUCGCAUUUUUCACCGACUGCACCAGACGUUCCCACGCUCCGCCCAUGUGGGGCGCUCCUGGUGGGAUGAAGUUCCACUUUGUAGUUGUACUUGUAAAGGUUGCGAAGAGUCCCUGGCUUAUUUGGAUGUUGCUAACACUGCUCACGUUAUUCGUUUGUCUGCUUAUCCUGCUUCUUGUAAUCGUGAACUUUGUGCACACUGUGCAAACCAAGUAUGAAUUCGCGGAAAAACUACCAACCGUGACACGUGCUGGUGAGUCGGUGGUGAAAUUAUUGUGGCGUCUGCUGUGGGCCUCGGAUGUGUACAAAUUCAGCCGAGUUGUAGAAUCGUUCUCGCUACCGCAUCGAUUGUGGAAACUAUGGCUCGGUCCAGUGGUGUUCAUAGGAGUUUCGCAUCCAGAUCUGGUGCAAAUUGUUCUGACACAUCCGGAUUGUUUGCAGAAGCCCUUCUUCUACCAAUUCAUAAGGAUCAAGAAAGGUUUGCUGUUCGCUGAAGCGGAGCUGUGGAAACGGCACCGGAAAGCGUUGAAUUCUUCGUUCAAUUUGAAGAUACUUCACAGUUUUAUUCCGAUAUUCGAGAAGUGCUGUCAUAGGAUGGUCAGUGAUUUGAAUCGAUUCAGCGACGGUGAAACAUUUGAUGUGAUGCCUUUUACAGCGAGGUGCACGCUAGAAAUGGUUUUUGAAACGAGCUUGGGGAGUGGAUGUUUACCGCCGACUGAAAGUGAUUGCCUUAUUCGACAUAUUAAGAGAUUUUUCAAUAUAGCUUCAAGUCGGUUUUUGAACAUCCAUCUACAUUAUGAGCCUAUAUUUCAACUGACUCAGAGAUCGAAAAAGGAAACAGAAUCUUUGAAGUAUUGCAACAACGUUGUCCGACAACUAUUAUCUGAGAAAAGACAGAAAUCUUCUGAAUCCAGCGAGAAGUUGAACGAUACCGACGGAAAACCGCGGAUUUUUGUGGACCAGUUGCUGAAGCUGGACAGUUCAUUCAGUGAAACGGAUAUUAUUCACAAUAUUUUCACUAUGAUAAUCGCGGGCAACGAUACAUCGGGUCAGCUGAUGGCGUACGCUUGCUUGUUCCUCGGAAUGUAUCCCCAUGUUCAGGAGAAAGUUUACGCGGAAAUAAACGAGAUUGUUCCGCAGCAUCACACCGAUCCCAUUUCGCCGGAGGAACUUAAGACCCUCACCUACACGGAAAUGUUCCUGAAUGAAUGUCUGCGCUUGUGCCCGACCGCUCCGACCAUUGUUCGUCAGAACAUGGCUCCCAUCGUGUUGGACCAAACUAACAUUCCAGCCGGUAACGUUUUGGGAAUAUCGCUGUUCGCCCAUCACCGCCGGGAGGACAUUUGGGGCCCGGAUGCAAACCAGUUCGACCCGGAACGGUUUUCGGCGGAGCGGUCCAUCGGAAGGCAUCCCUACGCGUUUUUGCCGUUCAGCGGAGGUUCGCGUAAUUGCAUCGGAUGGCGGUACGCCAUGAUCAGUAUGAAAUUGAUGUUAGUGUAUCUUUUGAGGGAAUACAAAAUUAGGACCAAAGUUCGAUUCGAAGACCUUAGAUUUAGGUUCAAUGCUGCAUUGGUAUUAUCUGGAAAACAUUUUGUUACGAUAGAAAAAAGGAAAUAUGGUUAAAUUAAAGGGUAAAUUGCAGUAAAUUCAUGACAAUCUAGGUAAGAAAAAGUUGAAAAAUGGAUUAUUCAAUAAAAGUUAUAUGUAAUUAUCGAAAUUAAUUUAUUGGCUUUUUCGGUUUACCGCCAAAAAAGCAAAUAAAUUAAUUCCGAAAAAGUAAUAUGUAUCACGGUGAUUCCUAACAU